AUGUCCAUCUAUAGGGUACUUUCUCGAGCUUCCAGAAGCUUCACGCUUCUCUCUGCUUUGCAGAAGCCACAACCACUCUCCACCACUUUCUUCCAUCAAUUCAGUUCCGUUCCUAAUCAAUCAGCUAAUAAGCUUAUUCCGAUUCAAGCCAAUUUGUUUGGUCCGUCAAUAAGUUCAUCCUUGACUCCAAGAUUUGGAUUUUCUUCCUCGGCCUCAUCGGAGUCUUCGAAAACAAGUGAAGAAGCUAAUGCAACUGAUCGGAAUGAAGAAGAUAACGGUGAAGAUCAAGCGAAAGAAUCAGAUGCCGAGAUUGAAUGUGAUCUAUCCAGAGACGAGUUAAUUAAGCUUGUGACUGAGAAGGAAGCGCUUUUGAAGUUGAAGCACAAAGAGAUUGAAAAAAUGCAGGAUAAAGUUUUACGUACUUAUGCAGAGAUGGAGAAUGUCAUGGACAGGACUAAACGCAAUGCAGAGAAUUCAAAAAAAUUUGCUAUACAGAAUUUCGCCAAGAGUUUACUAGAUGUUGCUGACAAUCUGGGAAGAGCUUCUUCAGUUGUAAAGGACAGUUUUUCAAAAAUUGAAUCACCUAAAGAAUCUGAUGAAGCCGCACCUCUCCUGAAAACGCUUCUGGAAGGUGUUGAAAUGACUGAGAAACAACUUGCAGAGGUACUUAAAAAGCAUGGUGUAGAAAAAUUUGAUCCUACAAAUGAACCAUUUGAUCCAAACAGGCAUAAUGCCAUCUUCCAAAUACCUGAUGCUUCCAAGCCUCCCGGCACUGUUGGAGCUGUUCUGAAGGCAGGAUAUAUGCUUUAUGACCGCGUACUUCGUCCAGCAGAAGUUGGGGUAACACACGAAGUUGAAGAUAACAAAACAGAUGAAUGA